AUGACUACCAGUACAACUAGCGCUACUGGGACGGCAGAUAAAACAACCACUAUGAUCACCAGUACAACUAGUGGUACUGGGACGACAGAUAAAACAACCACUAUGACCACCAGUACAAAUAUCGAUACUGAGACGACAGAUAAAAGUACCACUAUGACCACCAGUACCACUAGCGCUACUGAGACGACAGAUAAAAGUACCACCAUGACCACCAGUACCACUAGCGCUACUGAGACGGCAGAUAAAAGUACCACUAUGACCACCAGUACAACUAUCGCUACUGGGACGGCAGAUAAAAGGACCGCUUUGACCACCAGUACAACAAGCGCUACUGGGACGGCAGAUAAAAGGACCACUAUGACCACCAGUACAACUAUCGCUACUGGGACGGCAGAUAAAAGUACCACUAUGACCACCAGUACAACUAUCGCUACUGGGACGGCAGAUAAAAGGACCGCUUUGACCAACAGUACAACAAGCGCUACUGAGACGGCAGAUAAAAGUACCACUAUGACCACCAGUACAACUAUCGCUACUGGGACGGCAGAUAAAAGGACCGCUUUGACCACCAGUACAACAAGCGCUACUGAGACGGCAGAUAAAAGUACCACUAUGACCACCAGUACAACUAUCGCUACUGGGACGGCAGAUAAAAGUACCACUAUGACCACCAGUACAACUAUCGCUACUGGGACGGCAGAUAAAAGGACCGCUUUGACCACCAGUACAACUAACGCUACUGGGACGACAGAUAAAACAACCACUAUGACCACCAAACAACAAGCGCUACUGAGACGACAGAUAAAAGUACCACUUUGA